AUGCAAGGUAUGUCUCUUCCUGUUGAGAUCUGUAGUUGGCUGGUCACCCCACACCAUUUUAAAUGUGGUUUCCUAUAUUCAGUUUCACAGUUUAUUUUAAGAAAAUACACUUCUCUUAUUUUCACAGGUAAAAAGAUGGCUUAUCAGAAGGUCAAUGCAGAUCAAAGAGCUCCAGGACAUUCACAGUAUUUAGACAAUGAUGACCUUCAAGCCACUGCCCUUGACUUAGAAUGGGACAUGGAAAAGGAACUGGAAGAGCCUGGUUUUGACCAGUUCCAGCUAGAUAGUGCUGAGAAUCAGAGCAUGGAGAAUCCAGAGACUGCAGACCUCAAUCUUGAUUCUAUUCAACCAGCAACUUCACCCAAAGGAAGGUUUCAGAGACUUCAAGAAGAGUCUGAUUAUGUAACCCGUUAUACAAGAUCUGCACCAAAGAGCAACCCCUGCAAUUUUUGCCGCCUUUUAAAAAUACUUUGCACAGCCAUCAUUUUAUUUAUUUUGGGGAUUUUGAUAGGCUAUUAUACACAUAAAAAUUGCCCUUCAAAUGCUACAUCUUCAGGAACACUUGAUCUUCAGUUUUACCAAGAGAUUCUCAAGACAAUCCAAGCAGAAGAUAUUAAGAAGUCUUUCAGAAAUUUGGUACAACUGUAUAAAAGUGAAGAUGACACAGAAAUUUCAAAGAAGAUUAAGACUCAUUGGACUUCUCUGGGCCUAGAAGAUAUACAGUUUGUAAAUUACUCUGUGCUGCUUAAUCUGCCAGGCCCUUCUGCCAGCUCUGUGACUCUGAGCAGCAGUGGCCAAUGCUUUCAUCCUAAUGGCCAGCCUUGCAGCGAAGAAGCCAGAAAACACAGCAACCAAGAUCUGCUUUACUCAUAUGCAGCCUAUUCUGCCAAAGGAACUCUCGAGGCUGAAGUCAUUGAUGUGAGUUAUGGAAAGGCAGAUGAUUUGAAAAGGAUACAAAAAAUGAAAAAUACAACGAAUCAGAUUGCGCUCCUGAAAUUGGGAAAAUUGCCAUUACUUUAUAAGCUUUCCUUAUUGGAAAAGGCUGGAUUUGGUGGUGUCCUUCUAUAUAUUGAUCCUUGUGAUUUACCAAAGACUGCAGAUCUUAACUAUGAUACGUUCAUGGUUUCACUGAACCCAGGAGGAGACCCUUCUACACCUGGUUAUCCAAGUGUGGAUGGAAGCUUUAGGCAAAACCGACCAAACCUCACGACCCUCCUGGUACAGCCCAUUUCAGCAUCUCUUGUUGCGAAACUGAUCUCUUCACCAAACAGCAGAACCAAAAACGGUAUCUGUAGCCCUCUAGAACUGCCAAACAACGAUGAGAGAAUUGUCAGCAUACAAAUUCAGACGGUUACAAAAUUCAAAACAGUUACUAAUGUUGUUGGAUAUUUAAAGGGCUUGAUAUCUCCAGAUCGGUAUAUCGUAGUUGGCAGCCACCAUCACACUGCAUACAGUUAUUAUGGACAAGAAUGGGCCAGCAGCACUGCAAUAAUCACAGCUUUUAUCCGAGCCUUGAUGUUAAGAGUUAAGAGAGGGUGGAGACCAGACCGCACAAUUGUUUUCUGUUCAUGGGGAGGAACAGCUUUUGGCAAUAUUGGCUCAUAUGAAUGGGGAGAGGAGUUCAAGAAGGUUCUGCAGAGAAAUGUCGUGGCUUAUGUUAGUCUCCAUAGUCCCAUUAGGGGUAACUCAAGUUUAUAUUCUGUAGUGUCACCAUCUCUUCAGCAACUGGUGGGAGAGAAACAUUAUUUCAACUGUUCCAGAAGAGCUAAGUGCCGAGAAACCAACGUCAGUUCUGUACAGAUUCAAGGUGAUGCUGAUUAUUUCAUCAACCAUCUUGGAGUUCCCACAGUGCAGUUUGCCUAUGAGGACAUCACAGCAUUACAGGGUCCAAGUUUUCUCUCUGAGGCUCUUUUCCUCAAACGUGCAACAAAAAUUGAAGAAAUGGAUCCUUUUUUCCACCUUCAUGAAACCAUUACCAAGCUCUCAGGAGAAGUGAUUUUGCAAAUUGCCAACGAACCAGUUCUGCCCUUUAAUGCUCUUGAUAUAGCUUUAGAAGUUCAAAACAGUCUUAAAGGUGAUCAACCCAACACUCAUCAACUGCUAGCCUUGGCCUCACGCCUGCGGGAGAGUACUGAACUCUUCCAGUCAGAUGAGAUGCGUCCUGCUAAUGAUCCCAAGGAGAGAAUUCCAAUCCGCGUCCGGAUGCUGAAUGACAUUCUCCAAGACAUGGAGAAAAGCUUCCUGGUGAAGCAAGUGCCACCAGGUUUUUAUAGAAAUAUCCUGUACCACCUCGAUGAGAAGACAAGCCAGUUUUCAAUUCUCCUGGCAGCUUGGGAGCACUGCAAGUCACUUGCAUCAAAUGAGACCAUUCAGGAAGCCCUGUCAGAGGUGUUGAACAGCAUUAAUUCAGCUCAGGUUUACUUCAAAGCAGGACUUGAUGUGUUCGAGAGUGGCGUAGUUGGAAAGAACUGAGAAAACUCUCAGCAUUUUAAAAAGUUUGUUUACAAUUCCUCAAGCAAAAGCUCUAAUCUAACCAGAUUUUCUGACAUUGAAGACUCCCCCCGAAUGACUUUUUAAACAAGUCCAAAGCUAUUAUUACAUUGUAUUUUUAAAUGUACAUAUAAAAGAGCAUUUUGCACAUUUAAUAUUUUCUUAUUUCUACAUCUCUGAAUAUGUAAAAUCAAGUUAUUGAAAUAAUACUUAAGAUUUAUCUAUUAAAAAGAAAUCUGCUGUAUUUUUAUAUAUAUAAAAUAUUUGGGGGGCAAGGUUCCAAGAAGUUCUGGACAAUCUUCACUUCUAGGGAUAAAACAUAUAGGAACAGAAGUUAUUCCCUAUGUUACAGCUAUUAAUGACCUAGUUUCUGUAAUAGAAAUGGAGACUUGAUAUGGUUUCAGAUUAACUUCACUAAUAAGUAUUCAAUAUAAAGAAUUCAAGUAUUCCGACUGAAUGAUUGGUCAACCAAAACCACUUUGAAUGUUUCUAUUUUAUGAAAUGAAGUGCCUGUUCGUAAUACAACUAGAUGUAGUAAUACACUGGUUAUGAAAUUGUAUUUUUUAAGUAUUAAUGAAAAAAAGAGCCAUAAACAUUCCAGGGAAAAUCUCGUAGUAGCUGCACAGAGCAAUUUAAAUGCAAAUUUUUGCCUAACAACUUAGAAGAUGACUAGCUUUGAAACCCCUAAUUUGCCUCAGUUGAUUUUGUAAAAAUUACAGGAGUGACAUAUGUCUUAUGAGGGAGAAAAUAUUUCUUAUUUCUCCCUCUCUCGGUUCUGUAGGAAGCACUGAAACCUAGCUACUCUGAAAUGAAAGCAUUUUGCAUUGCUCUUCCUUCCUGUAUCUCUUCUGAAACUCCUUCCUGUAAGGCAGUUUUAACAGAAUACCAUGUAAUUUUCACAGGAGAGUAGCAAAGUUUCUCUUUGAAAACCCAAACUAUCUUAAAAAAACAUCAAAUUGCUAUUUCUGCCACUGACACAAAGGACUUACAAUGAAAGAAAUAGUUGUUUGAUCAAUGAAAAACUUCUGAAUUCUGUAAAGAAACUUUUGAUAUUUUUCCUUCUUUAUCCUUUAUCGUGACUAAGACGCAAAUGUAGAAAAUAUUCAUGCUUCUAAUUUUAUGCAGAAAAUACAGUGUUACUACAAGAGGGUGUCUUUCCCACACUUCGAUCUUCUCUCAUGAGGAAAAUGAAGCUUUUCAUAUUGACAUUGUCAUGGAAUGGCCCUAGCAUCCACUAUUGCCCAGAAGCCUAAAAUUCUUUCUAUUGGGUGACAGUUUAAAGUGUGAGCUUAUCUUUAGAAAUGUUCUUCCGGUAUUGAAUAAAGCAAUGCCUCUUAGGAAACAUAUUUUCAGCAUAUUUUAUGUGAACUGUCUCUACCUAGCACAACACUCAAACACACGUCCCAUUUAGAUACACCACGAAACAACAUUCCAGACAAUGCUUGUAUGUCUAAGUCUCCAGUGUUUGUGGAUAAGCAUAAACCUACCCUUUGUUUAAAGGAAAACUACAGUUGAGGGAAAAGAAUUAAUCAGUAUUGAUUAAUUGAUUUAUAGGGGUCAGCUGUUCCUAUCAUAAGUAAUGUGUAUAAGCUCAAAGCAAAGAGGAGAAUUGAUGUAAUUAGCUAGAUAAUUCAAGCAGAAAUCCAUUUUCAUAUGAAUUGCCUAUGUGUGCAUAUUUUUAAAUGACAAAUGAAACUACCUUACAAUGUUUUUUAACAAAAUCGAUGUACUUGCUUGAAAAUAUUGUCCAUGUUGAAGAGUAUCUACAGCCAAAGGCUCAGGACCAGCCUCCCAUGAGCCUCAGCCUCAGAGCCCUCUCUUGCUCCACAGAAAUCAGCAACAGAACAGAGGUGAAAAAACACUGACAGACAUGUAUGGGGUCAAAUAAGAGAGUGCUUUAUACCAAAGGACUUUCAACAUUUAACCAACCUUCAGUGUGUUCAUUCCAGUUCUUCAUUUGGAGGUGAAGUUACUUUAAAACAAACAACAUUCUGGAGUUGGAGCUGAGUUUAAAACGAACAAAAACAAUUGUUAGUUUCAUAGUUUAUCAUUUAAAACUAAAUCCUGAGUAAACUCCCUCCCUGAGUCUGUAAAACUGUUGAGAGCACAAAAUACAUGUUUGUACAUUUUAGCUUAGAGAUUGAUUGUGUACCUAGGUAAACCACAUUGCAUAGAUAAAGGUCUCAAUAUUAGUAUUCUCCUUUCUAAAUUAUGUGGUAUUUGCUAUUUGAAAAAAAUAAUAAACUAUGUACUAAUGUGUUUUCAUUAGUCUAUUUAAGAGAUAAUGUGAAGAAAGUAAUUAUAAUUAAAACAGAUGUCCACUAAUUCUAUAGAUGCUGCUUCAGGUCUUUGAUUGCAACAAACCUCUGAAUUAUAACAUCACUGCUAUGGUGUUCCUCUAAAUUUAUUAUAUCAUUUUCAUUUUUUCCCCUAACAAAUCCAAGUAAAUAAAAUCCUCUGCAAGUUAAUACCAAGUGUUUUUGUGAAUUGAUAAUAGGUUUAAAUUGUUGCUGAGAUAUCUGGGUGCCUUCAUACAUAGAUUUCCACCAGGGCAUAAUGAGUCACAAAUGGUUAUUCUCCCAAGAAAAUGUGGCAGAUGUUCGCCACUGAAAUUUAGGUUCAGGAAGGGUUCACAUGAGCUACUGUCCUUUGUGGAAAAGGAGAGAGUCUGGGAGCAAAAGAGAGCCUAAGAGACCUUCUGGUCUAAGCCCUAGGAAGUUCCGUUCAGCCAGGGAAGGCAUCAUCACUCCCAUCAGAUGAGUAAGUGAAGCCAAAGUGAUUCAGCAAUGUGGAUAUAGUCACAUAUUUAGUUAGUAGCAAAAACACUACACUAUAAAAAAGCACUGGAAUUUAAGCUGCUCUGCUUUCUCAUGUGGUAUAUCCAGCUCGUUCCCUGAGAUACUAGGGUUAUAAAAGAUCUUUUCCAGUAUGUUCUAUGUUACUAGCCAUUCUACCAGAUGCUAUAUGGGUUGGAAUCACUGCUUUUAAUUAAGAACUAGUCAUUCUCUGACUAUACAUGAUGAACAAAACUGUCCAAGGGAAUCCAGGAAAGGGACACUAGGACUGGGUACUUGGGGGAAGUGGUGAGAGUCUCUACAUGACACCAGAAGUCAGAAAGUAAAAUGCCUUUAUGAGAGGACAUUUCAGCUCUUUACUAAAUCAGCAGUCUAAAUCAGUGUUUCUCAAAAUGUGGAUUUGGGGAAGUGAGGCUUAGGAAUAUUCAUCUUGAGCAAGAUCGCCCAGGUAAUACUUAUGUACACUGAAGUUUAAGAAUUUCUAAUCUACAUCAGUCCCGGGUCCUAAGAAAAUGUUACUUGGUAAUAUAUCUAAAUAAAAUAAGGAGUCACAAUAACAGAAGGGACCUAAAGCUUUGCUAUUAAUGGCAUCAUUAAGAACAAAGGGAGACAGAGAGAAACCAUUGUAUCUCUCAAAAAAGGAUGCCGACACAGCUGAAGUCUGUGCCUACUACAUGUCAGGCAGUAUUAUAGACUUUUUAACAUCUGUGUUUCUUCUAAUUGAACCGCUACAAUAACCCAUUUUAAAAAUGAAGAAAUUUAGUUGAGCGACUUGUCCAAAAUUCUACAUCUGAAAAAAACGGCUGAGGUGUCUCCUACGGGCCCUCUGAAAUGGAGUCCUGUGUUCUUCAGGCUGAGUUCUGCAGAAAAGAUCACAAGAAUCUUUUGGUUUAUAGAAAAUGAUGUAGCUGAGACUUUUAAUGUAUUUCUGUACAACUGAGCAGACUGUGUAGCCUGCCACUUUACUGGCUUAAUUAAAGAGUUUGAAGAAACAAAUGACACACUUCCUUAUAAUGUUUGCCCACCCUAUCAAUGGUGGGCACAUAUAGAUCAAUUAGAAGGUGUCUGUAAGAGCAUUAAAAAUGAGGGUACCAUUAUAAAAUAUCAUGGAAACUGGGUGUAACAUAGUAAAAAUGAUAAGAAGCCACAUAUUUCACAAUUUCCUCCUCAAAAUGCCUGUAUAAUAUCACUGAAAAAAAAAAAGAGUGGGUGCUGGGAUUUACAACCACAGUUUUAUAUCAUCCGUAAAGACUCAGAAAAACCAGUCAACUUUUAAAAAUAAAUAUAUAGGGCAUACAGUAGGUUUCCCCCACUGAAAAAAUAGGUGCACAAAAGGAAAAUAAACGAUUUGUUACCAUCUGCCUAAUAAUGAAUCCACAACUUUGCCUCAAAUGAAAAACUAUAAUUAUUUGCACAAUAAAUUGGUAGACCUAGCCAACAGUGUUCUCAAGAGACAUACUGUGGAAUGUGUAAUUAAUUACUCCAAAAAUUAAGCUUUCUCUGAGGGUAGCACAUUGUCAUCUCAUUGGCUUAAUAGACUAUUUAAAUAUGCCUUGGCCAUAUAUUCCCCUAGCAGAAAAGAAUGAUUUCAAACUGCCAACCCAUGAGUUGAACGAGAGGAAAAUGGACCCACGUAUUCCAAUAAAUAUAUCAGCAGCGUAACUGUUCCAUCACAAGAGCAUGGAUGUAACCCAAAGGAGAACUAAACAAUGUGAUAUUUGAGGAAGGAAAUAGUCUGUCUAGCUGCUAGUGAAUCUGUAUUUCUUGUGUAUGUUUAAAAACCUCAGAAUCUGCUAUUCUGAAAGAUUGUUAAAACCUUCACAGAAUUCUGAGCACCUCAUCAAGUACAAAUACUUUUCAGUUAAGUGAGUUUGUUUUAUGCAAUUCAGAAUUACAAGUGACAAGAAUUUGAAAGGACAGUUGCAAAAGAAAUCUUCAAAUGUAGCUUCUUCUGGUUAUCACCAUAUCCGCUCAAUUUUCUGUUUUCUCUUUCUAGAUAUACUCUAGCAAUGGGAUUAGAUUUUUUUCCCCGGAGAAGGUAAUUUUAGGAUCUAUUUGUCUCAAUAUAUAUUUAUCUCUUAAUCAGCCAGAGUUUUAUUUCCAUAAUACCUUUCAAUUAUCCUUUGAAGAUAUACACUGAAGUGCCUUUAGCAUAUGCGGGACUGCCAAGAAUCUUGAGACCUUGCUUAUUAUGAGACGACAUAUUUCUUAAAGACAUUUAUAAUCUCAUAUUCAGAUUGUGUCUAGAUUUACAAAGCAAAGGAUUACAUUGAGGCACUCUCAGAAAGCAUUUAAGAAAAAGGGGUUGCUUCAAGUUUAGUAUGUUUCUCAUUAUUUUAUGUUUGGACUAUAUAGUUAAAUAAUUUUCUGUGACCAGAAUAGUAAUUUUGAGGUUUUUGGCCAAAAUCCAAUCAUGGAAGCCAAAGAAAUGCAUGACUACUCUAAUUUCUUAAGCAGGAUUCUGUCGAGAAUUAACUCAGGACCAGCUGAUUCAGUGCCCACAUCUAGACAGAGCUUUAAUGAGGAUAGACAGAGCCUAACAGUGUUCUGUCUACUUCCUUUGAUGUUGUAAGCCAAUAAGCACGGAGGUAGCUUUUCUCAGAAGGAAACAGAUUUUAUUUCCCAGGGGCUAAUUAAUAUGCACCACCUCAGUCCCCAGAGGACUGCACAGGUGCCUGUACUAUGCCAUAUGUCAUGUGCUAGAUUCCAGCAAGCUCAAGAGAUUAAUAUACGAUCAUUAUUAUGAAUUAUUAUGUUGCAUUGAAGUUAAUGUCGGUCUUUUGUUCUAAUUAAAGUACAAACUUGGCAUCUGAAUAGAAGCUUAGCUAGAGAAGAGAAGUGGAGUUAGAGUCUCUGUUUUAAUGAGCUACAUAUAUUUUUCAAUCAAAAUGUGUAAUUAUUUAAUUCUCUGGUCUGUUCAGUAAGUCUAUAAUUCUUUCCUUAAAGAAUCUUCAUUCAAUAUGUUACUACACAGAUGACAACUACUUGGAGUGUGUUUUGUCUUUUGAAAUUCUUAGCCAUUGUCAAAUCAGGCUUUCAUUAUAUAUGCAGUAAUGUUUUAUUUAUAUUAAUAAUUAUUAUUUGUUUAUCUUUAUGUCAAGCUGCUGCAUAUGGACUACCUUACUCUGAGAGUCAGAACAAAAUGUGGUUACUCUACAAAGACAGUUUUAUCAUAUCUGUUUAAAACAAAACAAACACACAAACAAGCAAACAAAAUUCUUUACUAUACCAUUGCAAAUUGUCUGCAGGAAGCAAAAUGCCCAGGUGGUUAAGUGUAGCUCAUAUAAUUAUAUUCCAAAGAUGUUAUAAAUAAUUCCAUUUAGAAGCUCAGAUAGGGCUCUAUUAGGUGAUUCAGUGUUUACAUUUCACACAGAAAGGUUUAAUGGCAAAUAUAUCCCAUACAUUUUAACUUGCUACUUGGAGAAUAUGAAUAUAUUGUAUUCAAAAAAGAAAAUAGAUUUCUAGGACACUCUGAAGGACUAGUUUGUUUUUAUAGACCUCUAGAAAAAUCAGCACAUCAUUUUGAUACUAAUUUCAUACUAUGUAUUUAAAAUGUUAAUAUAUACCAUUCAUUUUUAAUCAUGUCUUCAGUGUAGCAAUAUUUAGAUAUAUAAAAUGUUAUAAUAAAUAAUUUUUCUCAACUGUAUAACAGUAAAAAAAUACGGCCAUUAAGAAUGAUGAUAGGCAGGGGAAGAUUUAUAAAUUAACUUAGGAUAAAUUUGGAGGACUACCUUUCCAAUUAAAUUUGCUUUGAUUAAAAACAAAUAUCUGUCGAGAGGUAUCCCCAUUACUAAAUUGCACUAAACUAUUAUAGUGUUAAAUAUUGUUCAAAAUAAUUUGACUGUCAUCUGUGAUUUGGAAAUCGUUUUCUUCAUAGAAAAAAAGAUUCAUUGUCAUAGUCUUUCCUAUGAUUGAUUUUUAAUGACAUUGACUUAAAGACACAUAUCUGUGUUUUUUGAAGUACUGUAUGGAAUUGAAUGUCUAUUUUCUAUAAUGUGUAGAUGCUCACAAGGAAUUUAGUGCUUUUUAUAUUUAGCCCAAGUGUGAUCUCAAUUUAUUUGACAACUUUUUAAUGGAUUACUCUCAUGACUCGAUAUGUAGCUUACUUAGAAACGUAUAUUGUGGUCUGGAGUGACAAAAAAAAUUGGUUGGAAUACCACAUCCAUUAAGAAUAUGAGGGAAUGUUUUAUAUUUUGGUCACUUAAAUAUUUGUAUAUCAUUGGAAACAUAGUACUAUGAAGUAAAAGUAUCUUUCAAGAAAUACGUUGUGAUUCAGAAAUGCAAUGAGAAUGUGCAGUGAAAUGGUAAUGUUUAAAAUACCCACUUAAAAAAUAUUAAAUACAGGUGAGAAAA